AAAUUACACUAUUUCAUUUCAUUGAGAGAUGGUCUCUGUUCGAUUUGGUCAUCUUCUUCGUCAAAAAUCACAAAUCACGAUUCACGGGUACAGCUAUCGUUUCUUCAUCAAAUUCACAGAGAACCUAACGCUGCUCUAGUUGGGUUCUCCUCCGGCCAACUCACUUCUCCGGUUCUCUACCCUAAAUCCUAAUCAGGAAGCCAAAUGCAGAGGCUUAAAUGCUGCUUGAGCUCUCAUGCUUUACAUUUCUGGUUUGUGAUAAUUACAGCUAUUAUAUCACAGGCGUUAAGAGCUGCAUCAGUUGUGGUUCCGAGUUCCAAUUGCUACGUUAUCAAUAACUCUAGUCGAAUUGUGGAUUUUACGAGUUGGAUUGGACAUGCUUUCGAAUAUGAUGCAGAGGGACAUGGCGCAGACUUGGUUGUUCGAUUUUGUAAAGAUGUGGAAACUAGAUCACAAACGGGAUAUGUGGACUUUGGUCGCUUUGAUAAGCUUAACUACUUCGUUGCUGCUGCAGGACAAGUUGACUUUGUUCAAGGCUUUUACAAUGGAGACCUGAGACAGUGCGAGGACAGUUAUGAUAAGAUGGGACGAACAGCACAGGUAAAUGUGAUAUGCGGGGCUUGUCCAAAUGGAAAAUGUGAAGGUUUACCUGGAUGCGUCUGCAAUAUCUCUUACGAAUCUACUUGCAGAGUUUUGGUUGAUCUUGCCAUUCCGUGUGGGAAACCAGGUCCGCGAGUAUUUAAGGGCUUCACGGUUGGCUUCCAUCCACGAACAUGGGAAAUUGUCAAUGAUGGCAUGACUCAGUUGGGUUUUGAAGAGUCUCAUCAUGAGUUCAGCUUCGCAACUGAACAGGCUCAUGUUGCCCUAUACAUGACUGCAAUUGCUUCCCUGUCAACUUUGGUGCAGAAACCUAUUGUUGAGGUUUUCCCUGACAAUGGCCUUGAGGUCAGAUUAUCAGGCUCAGGAACUUCUGGAAAACCUCCCACAACUUUGUCACCCACAGUGUUGGCCAUAGAUUGGAGAUGUGAGAAGGCUCGUGAUAGUCCAUACAAAGUUAAUAUCACUAUCCCAGUUGAGGGUUAUGAACCUGUGCAGUUCAUUCUUACUAAAAUGUGUGAAUUCAGGCAGGAUCAAGCUGGAGAUGUUACAAGAGGAUGGGCUACAUUUGGAGUUUUAUCCUGCAUAUUCAUAGUCUUAUCAACUCUGUUCUGUUGUGGAGGGUUUAUGUACAAAACUCGAGUUCAACACCAGCGUGGAACUGAUGCAUUGCCAGGCAUGACAAUUCUAUCAGCCUGUUUAGAAACGGUGGGUGGAGGAAUAGGGCGAGGUUACACGCGAACAGAAGACUUGAAUAGUGCUUAUGCUAGUGAAGCUUCUUGGGAACGCCCUCCUGCCUCUGCCUCUGCCUCUGCUCAAGAAGGAACAAGAAGACAAAGUGAAAGGAAAUAUGGUGCAAUUUAAAACUAAACUCAAUACAAUAGAAAAGAAAUAUGCCUAGCUAUGCUAGUGUGCUGCUCUCUAUGUAAUAUCCAAACUCAUUUGAGAAGUUCUUGUAGUUGAAGCCUUGUUGCAUAGCAUUUGGAAAAAUCAAUGGAGCUCAUUCACUAUAGGGUUUAACUAGGGUUUUUGGGAGGGUUGUACUCUGAAUUUUGUUGUGAUUAAAAAAUAUUUUUUUCAAAAAAAAAUGAUAACUGAGUUUGGCAAUAAAGUCUUUGAAUUUACAGCUGUUA